CAUGUUGCCAAUGGUUACAAGAAUCUAUUGGCUAUUGCUGCUGUCACCGAAAGGGACAGGAAGGAAGUUGCUACCAUCAAAGAGUUCAUCAGGGACCCCAGCAAGUUUGUUGCUGUUGCGGUUGCCUCUGCUCCAGCUGCUCGUGCUGGCGCUGCUGCCGAAAAGAAGGAAGAAGCCAAAAAGGUGGAGUCGGAGUCCGAGGAAGACGACGAUAUGGGUUUCGGUCCCUUUGACUAA